CCACGACAAAUCCGAUGGCUCGAUUUCCUCGACAUACUACCGCCACCGGAGAUUACUUCAAUAAACGCGACACUACCCGCAUCUGGGUUCCCGGCUACGAUUUACUUCGUACCCUCCUAAUCGAGGAAUCCCACGACAAUCCUACCUCCGAGCAUUUCGGAGUCGACAAAACUAUGAAGACGUUGCAGCGCAAUUAUUAUUGGCCGAACAUGGCAGACGACGUGCGCAAGUACGUCUCCUCCUGCACCGCCUGCCAGAUCAUGAAAUCGUCCCAUCAGCGAGCAGCCAGACUCCUACAGUCGUUGGAUCUGCCCGAGAGACCCUGGCAACACGUUAUGAUGGACUACAUGACAGGACUGCCGGUCGGUCCCAGCGGAAACGACUCCAUUCUCUGGUCGUUGACCGACUUACAAAAAUGGCGCACUUCGUCACCUGCCAACAGAAAAUUACAUCCGAGCAAACCACCCAACUGUUCAUCGCCAAUGUCAUCAGGCUGCACGAACUACCCACCGCCAUUAUUUCAGACCGAGACCUGAAAUUCACAUCGAAUUUCUGGCGCCACCU